UUUUCUGGCUUUCAGUAGAUUCCCAUUGGCAAAAAUAGUAGUUUUUACCAUUAAGCAUAUUAGCAAACCCGUUAGUAAUGCCAUCAAGACGAUCGCUAAACACAAUCCAUAUUUCAAGAGGUACAUUUGCAUUCCACCUGGUCAGUUCUACAACGUUUUGGAGACAAGGUCAAAAAUGUUUAUCUUAAACUUGCCACAACCCAUAUACGUACCACCGCUCACUUCGGCCAUGGCUACAGAAAUCGGUGCCAAUCUUCUAGGUGAGAUUGCAGUCAUAGGAAUAGGAAUAUAUCUUAUAUAUUAUGAGGUCUCACGGCAAGCACUAAAGGAUAAAAAGAAGCAUGAAAGGCAUACACAAGAAAGGAGAAAGCUGGACGAACAACUCGACAGUUUGGAUAAGCAGUUGGACAAAUUGGAAAAAGAACUAUUCAACAUGAAACGAACAAAUGUCCAGCGAUGAAGAAACGUAUAUAUUUGAAAUUCCAUCUCUAGGACAUAUUGUAUUCAGUCCAUCUCCAAUUUAAUUUCUUCGGUCACACUAAAUAUUUGGCUAAAAAAAAGAACAUUUUAUAAUAAGCAUUAGUUUUAUAAUAAUUUAAAAUGGUUAUCGGCGUAUUUCCGGCGGCCAAGUUGGGCGUUUUGGCCAUCAAACAAAUCAGCAAACCCAUUGCCAAUGUGAUCAAGGCUAAUGCCAAGUCAAGUCCCUUCUUCAGGAAAUAUGUAUGCAUGCCACCGGCUCAGUUCUACAAUUGGGUAGAGGUGAAAACAAAAAUGUGGGCUUUAAACCUGGGACGGCCCGUAAAUGUCCCGCCUCUGAAUGAGGCAAUGGCCAUUGAGCUUGGGGCCAAUCUGCUCGGUGAAUUUAUUAUAUUUACUAUUGGAGCCGGUCUUCUGAUAUUUGAGUAUUCCCGUCAAUCAAUCAAGGAAACAAAGAAGAAUGAGGCAAUGGAAUUGGAGAAAAAGCAACUAACAAAUCAGUUGACGGAAUUGAACUUCCGUUUAGAACUUCACGAUACACAGAUGCGGGAAAUGACACGAGUGCUAGCGGAAUUGGAUUCUCGAUCCAUCUUUCGCUGGCAUAAGGAACCGCUGCAAGAAUUUGUACCUUUUGAUCCCAACACUCCAGAUCAAAGUGCCAGUGCCAGAACUGCCAAAACCUAUGAGGGUUUCUAUGAUCCCACAGGUGGCAUGGCAUUCCGUGCACUUAACUUCCUAGAAACACAGAUAUUUGUCGAUGGACGCGAUCGAAAGGGCAAAGCGGCUCGGAAACACUUGGAUGCAGUGGCCACAGAGCUGGAGCACACACUGACAGAGGCUGUGGCCGAGUCAGCUGCUGCACUGCCAGUUAAGAAAGAAGCAUGACCUAGUGAGCAGCUUGAGCAGGAUCUGGCCCUGCUCAUGUAUGCUGUGGCCAUGGAGGAGCAAUAAUUUGAAACGUGUCCUUGAUCAAAUUGCCUGUUACAUUUCUAAACAUAAGUAAAAAGUUAUAGUCUUAUAUAUCUAGGGGUAUUUCUGCCACAUAA